AUCAUGAAUAAGAUUUACUAAAGGCUAUUUCGUGCAUUGGUAAAAGAGUGAGGAAGUAAAGAAAGAAAGAAGAAAGGAAGGGAGAGGCACGAGUUAGACAGUUUACUGUAUUAUUGAGGGGUGCUAUAUAAAUUUCUUGGCAUAAGUUUAUGAUAGUGGUGUAGAGUAUAUUUGUGUAGUUUAAACGGUUAGCGAUCUCUUUGCCUAACUAAAGUAAAUAAAAAUAUUGUGUCUGCACUACGUCUAUCUUACCCUCUCUUAAGUUAAUAAGACAUGAAUAAUAAUGGAGGUAGAAUUACUAUAGUACAUAUAGGAGCAGGUAACCAUUCUGUAGAUAAGACAGUAGUAUAUAAGAAAUUAAUACGACGAAGUUUAAAUAUCAAUAAUUCAAUAGUCGAAGUAAUAAAAACUAUAGAAGGAACUAAAUAUACCAAUACCGGAUAUGGAAGUUCUUUAAAUUUAAUAGGAAAGGUUGAAUGUGAUUCAAGUUUUAUUAAAGUCUUUGAUGGAGUACGAAAUCAAGGAGCUUUAGGUGGAAUUAAUGAUAGUUUAUAUCCUAUAUUAACUACAAGUAAAGUAUAUGAUAGAAUUAAUGAGUUUUAUAAAGAUGAUGAAUCAGGUUUAAGUCGACCUUUGAGUUUAUACUAUGGAUCAUGUCAUCAAUUAUUUCUGCAAAAGGAAAAGGAAAAAGAUAUUCAUCCACUUAUCAGUCCCGAAUGUCAAACCAUUUACGAUAGUCAUAAAGAUCGAGUAUUUAAGAAUUCAGGUGGGAGUUUACUGUUACUGUUACUGUUACAGGAAAUCUCAGAUACUGUAGGAGCUAUAAUUAUUGAUAAUAAUAAUAAUAACACUCAAAUAUUCACAUCUUCAGGAGGUAAUUUCUUUAAAUUACCAGGUCGUAUAGGAUGUGCAGGGAUUGUAGGAUGUGCUAUAGACUUUACAAUUAUAGAUAAUAUAGAAAUAAGUUGUAUGUGUAGUGGGAAUGGUGAAGAUAUUAUAUUGAUGAAUCUUGCUAAUUAUUUAGUAAAUAAUAUCAUGAAUGAGAGUAAUGACUAUGGAACUAAUUUGAUAAAUUUGAUAAAGACUCAUUCAUCUAAAUUCUCAUUGAAUGGAACUAAUGAUAAUGAUGAAUCUAUAGUAUAUGUUGGAGUAGUACUUUUAUUAAAUGAUAAAUCUACUGGUAAUAAGAUGUUGGUAUACUGUCAUUCAACCCAAUCAUUCUACUUUGGAUAUUCAAAUAGUAAUACAGGAGAAUAUGAAGUAAUACUUAGUAGAUUAAAUAAUAUAGACAAGUAUGGAAAAGUAUACAAAACUGGAGAAUACAAAUUAUGAUAAUAAAAAUUAAGAUUGUUAUGUUUUAUGUAUUAUUUUAUAUAUAUAGAUUU